CUUACCCGCAAUGUAACGUAGUACUGUGACGUCAUGAAAAUUUUCGGCGCAGCUUCGAAAUAGGCUGCGGUGAUUCUUACUGUGCUUAAAUCUUCAGACUUAUUUAUGUUUUGUUACUUCAUUACAGAGCCAGACGAAAAUGAAAAACCUCGAGCCGAAGUACAGAGUGAUAUGAAAAAAGUAGAAAUUGAAUUUGCGCAGAUGAGAGACCAAUUUUAUCGUGAACAAAUUGGAGAAUUAGAAAAGGAAGUCGACAUGAUAAAUCAAGGAACUCACCAUGAAUUAAUCUCCCGUAUGAAAGAAAUUGAGCAAAAAAAGAAAAGACGGUUAGAAAUUGCAGAAUCGAGGAAGAGAUAUCAAGUAAUUCAUUGUCAGAAACAAUAUGAAGAAGCUGAAUAUAUGGCAGAAUGUGAAUUCAUGUCCGACAAAUUUGAAACAAAAAGGAAAAAGCUAGACGAUAUGGAAAGUCGAAAAUGGCAAAUGAUCAGAGAAAAAAAUCGUCUGGAUGUAUUGGGCCGAAUAGAGUGCUCCGGACCUGACCAUAAUCAAUUAGCGCAUAGGAAGAGUAAGAAAUUAACAAAUGUAGCAGAAUUAAAGUAUUUGCAAGCGUAUGGCUUUCCAGCAGCUUCAAUGUUAGAUUCAUUAGAUAAGUCCGAAAUUGACGAAGAUUUAAUAUUAUUAGGGAUUGCAAGGGAGGAUGAAGCGCAAGCUGUUGCUACAUUAUCUUCAUCUUUAUCACCUAAGAUAAAUACCAUUUCAGGACCACCAAUUCUGGAUAGUUGUAAUAAUACAUCCCUUUCUGAGGCGGACAAUGACAUAUAUGCUGAAGGAGAUAAAUUUCUAUAUUUUGGACGAUGGUUCACCAAAGGCGACCAAGUUCUUAUUAGUGAUUCAUCAGGGGGACGCUAUACAGCGAAAUUCGUCACUGCUACAGAAUCUGAGGUUGUAAUACAGCGCCCCGACGGUUCAAAAACACGAUUACAAAUGAAUUUAUUGAAAGAAGGAAAACAUCAAAUUCGUUUAAAGGAAUCAUAGUUAUUGCAAUAAUAAACUUCAGUUUUUUAUUCAUUUUACAUAAAACCCGGACAAUAUAUAUAUUAUUUUACUUCUUUCAUCAUUUAAUAUAUUACCAUCCUUUUAUUAGCGCAUAUAGUCAACAAUAUAAAAUAGAUAGGUUAUCAUCAAAAGAACGUCGGCAAAAAAAAAAUCAUCAAUUCACCAUUUUUUUAUAUAGUGCAUAUAUUUUAUCUGCAAUUUUAAAAAUAACUUACUUAUUUGUAGUGUACUAUCAUUCUUUUUUCCUUUGUAUUAUCAUAAAUUUCUUUGGGGGAGUAAAGGUAUCUCUUUUUUUUAUUUAGCAAAACUUUAAUGAUACAUUUCAUUGUAUAUUUUUUCUUUUUAUUUUUGAAAAUUAUUAAUAUCAAAAUUUUAGGUUUACCAACAAAAGAAGCACGAAUUUUAAUAUUUUGCUUAUUUUAUUUUUAUUUUUUUUUUUUU